UAUUUACAAAUAAGAAUGGUGUUAGUGUUACUUCAUUAUUUCUUCUUGAUUUCAAGUACCACAUAGAGAUUUGUUUGUAAAAAAUUCAGAAGAGUUGACGUCUAAUAUGUCUAGGAAUUAUUUUCAAAUAGUUUAAGUUUGAAUAAUGUAUCGAUAAUUCGAACUUUAUUGAAGUUUGUGAUUGAUUCCAAGCCACUCAGAUUCGUUAUUAAAUAAAUCGACAGACUUAUCUUGAAAAUUCAAUAAUUUGUUUUAUUACUAUUGAAAAGAUUCCUCACAUCCUCCUGUAAAACGUAUUUAAAUCCAAUCAUUGCUUCAAAAGAUUAAAUCUUCGAUGUAUGCCACUGGGUCCAAUGGCAUUGCCGGCACAAUGUUCACACUGCUUAAUCAUAGACUUAAAAAUAACAGUUGUCAUCAUGUUGUCAUAGAUUCGAAAAAUAGAUAACCUAACUUAAUCUUAAGCUUUUAUUGUGAAAACUGAAAAGUUUUUUUUAUAGUUUAUGUAUAAAUAAAACUAAAUAACAAAGGAACAUGCGGAAUAGGAAUUUUUAAGAAGCGACGUACAUAGAAGAAGUGAUGUUUUAUGUAUCCAUAUCUAUCCAAAAUGGAAGUCGAGUCAAAUGAAAUGGAUAAAAAGCUAGCAGAAUAUCCAACUGAGCCAUUUGAUGCUGAACAUUGAGGGUGAUUCCAUGCAACAAGAACCGUUUGCUUUCAAACCAAAUACAAAAUUAGAUCUUCACAGUUCUGAGAAAAGUAGAAGGAAUAAACAAGAACUACCGAGUGUUCAGAGUUUGAAGAUGACUUUAAAAAGAUUCGUUUUGAAAAAAUGGAAGAUGUUGAUAUUUCAGAACAAUUUAUUGAUAAGAAUGAUGUCCAUAAGAGAACAGCAUACUUAGAAAAUAUUGAUGAAAAUGACUUGGAGCAUCCAUCCGAGUAUAAUGGUUUUCAUGAUGAUUUUUUUAAAACAUUAAAAUCUCCCAAUAUUCAUAAAGAAUCUCAUUCGAAUAUAAAGCUACAUAAGUGUCACCUAUGUGAUUACGCUACAUAUGUGAAAGGGAAUCUGAAAUUACAUAUGAACUCAAUACAUGUGAAAUUGAAGGAACACAAGUGUCACAAAUGUGAUUAUACUACAUAUUUGAAAAUAUCUCUCAAAAUACAUAUAAAUUCAGUCCAUUUAAAGUUGAAGGAGCACAAGUGUCACCUGUGUGAUUAUGCUACAAAUCGCAAAGAUAGUCUCAAAUCACAUAUAGAUGCCGUUCAUUUGAAUUUGAAGGAACAUAAGUGUCACCUGUGUGAUUUUGCUACUAGUCAGAGAGUAAAUCUCAAACAACAUAUUAAUUCAGUUCAUUUCAAAUUGAAGGAACACAAGUGUCACAUGUGUGAUUAUGCUGCAAGUAACAAAGUGAAUCUCCAAAUACAUAUAAAUUCAGUUCAUUUCAAUUUGAAGGAGCACAAGUGUCUACUGUGUGAUUAUGCUACAUAUUCAAAAAAAGAAGUCAAGAAACAUAUAAAUGCUGUCCAUUUAAAUUUGAAGGAACAUAAGUGUCACCUGUGUGAUUAUGCUACUAGUCAGAAAAGCAAUCUCAAAACACAUAUAAAUUCAAUUCAUUUCAAUUUGAAGAAGCACAAGUGUCUCACGUGUGAUUAUGCUACAAAUGUGAAAGUAAAUCUCAAAAAACACAUAGAUGCUGUUCAUUUUAAAUUGAAGGAACAUGAGUGUCACCUGUGUGAUUUUGCUACUAAUCAGAAAGGAAAUCUCAAAUCACACAUAAAUUCAGUUCAUUUGAAAUUGAAGGAACAUAAGUGCCACUUGUGUGAUUUAGUUACAAGUCGAAAAGUAAAUCUCAAACGACAUAUACAGACAGCUCAUUAGAAGAAUACACCUACAGAGAUAUAACUCUUCAUAUUGCAAAUUGAAUUGAAAUUUGAAGGAAUGUAAAUGUAGUGUUUAUGCUUUGUUUUAGAAGUGAAGCACUUUGUUUGAAUAAAAAGUGCCACAAGUGUCAACAAUGUGAUUACAGUGAAACAACAUAAAUACAAACAACUAUAGAGAUAUUGCAAGUGUACAAAGUUAAUGAUUUAUUAUUGACUCAUUGUAUCUAUAACCUUACUGAAUAUUAUGAUUGUUAUAAGCAUAUCAGGUUAGGUAGUUGAAUAAUAGCUAGUAUGUCAAAUUUUCUAUUCUAUAUUUAUUGACUUGAUCAAUACAUACUAACAAUAUGGCGUUAUAAAUUAUUAUAUAGAUUAUUUGAAUAUGAAGCAACAUUAGUAUCAUAUUGAAAAGAGAAAAGAUUCGAUUUCAUCUAAAAGGUUUCAAUUUCAUUUUCAAGCAAAACUGCUUUCUAUCAUUAAAAAUAUUGAAAUGUUCCCCAUCCGAAAUGCUUGAAAUAUGAUUCAAACAACAAUAAAGUUUAGUCUAUACAACAGUAAAAAACUUAGAUUGUAAAGAGGUUGUUAGUAUAUUGCAUUAAUUAAUUUGAUGAAUAAAUUUAUUUAAAUCCUU